CACCACACACCCACACCCACAAGUCCCUCGCUCAGAAUCCCUCCGAGUCCUUCGCUAAAUCAUUCAUAAUGCUCAACUCUGUCGCUCUCGCUCUCAUGUCGUCGGCCAUGGCCGUCGCCGCCCCGGCUCCUGCUGCCGCCUCGGCCACCGCUUCUCCCCCCGAUCUCACCGACUUCACCGGCGAUCUCGGCUUCUUGAACUUCACCACCUACAGCUCCUCGGCUGCCAACGGCUUCAAGUCGAUUGACUUUGACAUUGUUUACUCCAAGACGAACGCCAACAUCAAGUGCACCUGGAAGAAAGACCCUGCCGACAAGGAGAACGAGUACGGCGUCACCACGUGCGACGACGGCUUCCAGCUUGACUGGGGUUACUUCGAGAACCUUGGCACCGUCAACUAUAACACCACUCUCCAGGGCGAGAAUGUGCACUUGUCCGGCACUGGCACCGACUUCAACACCAGCGAGAAGUGCGGUCUUGGUGGCAAUGGCCGCGGCUGCUCCGGCUCCGGCAGCGUCGAGAUCACCAACAUCUACAUCAACUCUCAGACGUUCCCCGAGCCCCCCAACAACGGCCUCGGCUACUGGGAUGUCCAUUUCUACAACCUGACCAACUCGCAAUACAACUCCGAGAGUCAGACCAUCCGCGUCAAGUACAGCGAGCAGCCCUGGCCCAUCCUGUGCACGUACGAGAAGGACCCCGCAUAUCACGGCUGCAACGACACGAGCCUCAGCUUUGAGACUAGCUCUGGCCCGGAUAGGUCCCUCACCCUGAAGCAGAAUGUCAAGAACAGCAACAACGAGACCGUUACCAUCUCCGGUACCGAGCCCGUCCGUGGUGUCUGCUCCGCGUUCAACUACGCACUUACUUGCCAGGACGAUCUCCGUGUUAUCCCUUCCACGGCUGUUGCGUAAGCAACUUCUGAAGCAAUUUCAGUGGCGUACCGCCUACACGACGAAAAAGAAGAUAAAAGACGUGCUCGACAAAUAAGUCGAGGCGUGCAAAAGCAUGAAUGGGUUCCUUUCACGAUUCUCAAUCAGUAAUGUUUUGUAGCCAUUUAAAGAAAUUUACGACCUAUGAGUCUGGCAUAUAGCUAUGAUGCACCACGCAAUUUUUUCGGGAGACGACUGCUCAUUGAGCAUUGUUCGUAUGGCCUCCCAUCUUACCCCGUGUUAUCUCUGAAACUGGUUGUUCCUUUUUCUUCAAAUGUUGCGACAACUCUAUCGGCUCAGUUUGACCUGUCAACCAUGAGUUUCACAAAAUAUUCGUAAACUUACUAAUAUGAUUCCGGCUUGGCUGGGUGAAGAUUUUGUC